UGUUGAUUUCUUGUUUUGUUCUCUCGUUCAUAAUAUAUCUUGAAACUUCUGGUAUAGACUCUGCUCUUAUUUUUACUUACUCGUCAAUUUUAUGAUUAAUAUAUCAAAAGGACAAAAAAUAAAAAAAUAAAAGGAAGAAGAAGAAAGAAGUAGAAAUUAUACAUUUGCCCACGGCCUUUAAACUUGAGAUGCCGAAUCCUAGUGCCAAGCUUCUUGGAAUAGGACCCAGACCAAACACCUUCAGUUUUGCCGAGUUGAGGGCUGUAACAGAUGACUUCAUCAGUCCCUCAAAUAAGUUAGGAGAAGGGGGAUUUGGUCCGGGUAAACUUUCCAAUGGGCGGGUACUAGCUGUGAAGCAGCUUUCAGUAGCAUCUCACCAAGGGACAAGUCAAUUUGUUACUGAGAUUGCUACCAUAUCUGUGGUGCAAGAUCGCAACCUUGUUAAACUGUACGGAUGCGGCAUCGAAGGAAACAGACGCCUCCUUGUUUAUGAGUAUCUUGGGAAUAAAAGCCAUGACCAAGCACGCUUUGGAAAUAAAGACUUGCAUCUUGAUUGGCGAACCUGCUUCAGUAUCUGCCUGGCAACUGCUAGAGCACUAGCUUAUUUUCAUGAGGAAUCAAGGCCGAGGAUCAUACACAAAGACGUGAAGGCAAGUAACAUUUUGCUUGAUUCUGAGCUCUGUCCGAAAAUAUCUGACUUUGGGUUGGCAAAGCUAUAUGAUGACAAGAAAACUCACAUCAGCACCCAGGUUGCAGGAACAAUUGGCUAUUUGGUACCAGAUUAUGCAAUGCGUGGCCACCUCAUUGAGAAGGCAGAUGUCUUUGGCUUUGGUAUUGUUGCUUUGGAAAUCCUUAGUGGAAGACCAAACUCUGACAACAGCCUGGACAAUGACAAGAUCUAUCUUCUUGAAUGGGCAUGGACUCUGUAUGAAAGCAACCAGAGUCUAGGUCUGGUGGAUCCAACCUUAGUUGAGUUUGAUGAAAAUGAAGCUUUAAGAAUGAUAAGAUUGGGACUCCUGUGCACCCAGGCAUCACCAAUGAUACGACCACCCAUGUCAAGGGUUGUAGCUAUGCUUGCUCGCUUCAAGGCUGAAAACUCACCAUCUACUGGAUCUGAGCACAGUGAUAACAAGAACAAGCACAAUCUUAAUCCAGGGAAAGAGCUGGUGCCUUCUUCAUUAAAUAUCACUGAAUUCAGUGACAUUAUUGGGGAAGUACUCGUCACACCACCUACUCAAACCAAGAUAUCAGCUCCUAUGUUUGCAACCGGCUCCAAUUCAAUCUCAACAGUCGCAACAGCACCACAUGACUCCAAUCUGCGAAGCCAAAGCGGUAGCAUUUCUGGAUCUUUCAGCAGUGCCUUCUUCCCAAAGAAAGAAUUCAACGCUGCAAGAAGAAUUACAAUCGCUGCAGCAAACUCAGAAAUUCGUUUAGUAUUCUUUGCAGCAUGAGUGAGUCUCGUGUUGAGUUCCCUCGUAGAGUCAACAACUUACCUCCAGAAAGAGAGCGGGCACUAAGCAAUGUGCCUCUUAUGCCACUUCUUGCCACUUCUAUCCUUAUAAUACCAUCCUUGGAAAUCCUCUGUUAUAAUAUUGUGAACUUAUAUUUGAGAUUGCCACUUAUUUUAUGAAAACUUGAACAAUCUUCACUGCAAUGGUUCAUUAAUAGAAAUUUUAGUUGGUG